GGUUCAUGGCAGUUGGUCUGAUGGGCUUUAUGAGAUUCAGACCAAUGGGCAGAACUGAGGCCAGUCAUUAUUAUUGAUAGUAUUCGGAGCUCUGGAACUUUCGUGCUCACCAGUGAUGGUGUCCACACGAAUCCUCUUUCUGGCUUGGCUGCUGGGCAUUGAACCUGAACCUAAUGAGGGAGAGCUCAGGAUACACCUGUUCCAAGCAGUCAGAAACCUGUGGGCUUUGCUUCUCAUUGGUUGAAACUGAUGUUGCCCCGGCAACAUUUGUAAACAUUCUGUCUGGGAAUCUUGGGGAAAAGCUGCCGAGAGACUUCUUCAGAGGCUUCCCCAGCUACUGCUGCUACUGCUUCAAACAAGGAUCUGGUCACUCAGUGGCUGGUGGACCAUCUGCAUGGUGGUUGUGAUGUCUAGCCACUUUAGUGGCAGCCGUGGUUACUGUGUUGGCUGUGGUGGACCACCCACUUGGAGGCAAAAGAAAAUGAAUGUGACUAAAAAUGUCAAAAGUCAGAAGACAACGGACGUAGCUUUUGCAAGAGAGAUGAAGAAACUGACAAUACAAGACGACAGCGACGUGACUGAAGUGGCUUUAGCCCUAGCUGAGGAUGCCAUUGCAGCUGCUGUUAAGUUUGUGGAAGAAGAGGAAAACCCCAUCAAAAACAUUAAAUGGAUCACCCAUGGUGAAUUCACAGCGGAAAGGGGCCGUAGACAAAUUGAUAAGUUCGUUUCGACUUGGGAUUGUCAAAGUCACUGGGUGUGCUACACAGAGUUUGUAGAGAGGAAAGACUUAAUUCAUUCCUUCCACUACAUAUACUGUGUACGCUGGAGCAUACCAACCGCUCGGAGACCCAUGGCACGAGUCAGUGCUGCUGUCUACUUCACCAUAAAGAUCAACAAAGGCAAACCUCCGGAUGCACCCAUUGAUGUCUCUUAUACCCUUGAGGACCAAUCAUUAGUUCAAAGACCAGGAAUGAUUCGCUUUCGAGAAAAAUGGCUGAGGGACAUUAUCGAGACCAAAAAUGAUUUACUGGAAAUACUUGCUUCUAAUUCACUAUUGCCUGAUUUUAACCAAAUGUUUUAG